CAUACAUUUUAAUGCAACUUUAUGUUCUAUCAAAUUUUUUUCACAUUUAAUUUCUAUUUUCUUUUUUUAUCGUAUUUAAUAAUUGCGUUAUCUUUAACAAGUAAUACAAAGAUAAUAAUUAUAUUACUUGGUAUGGUCACUUUAGUGAUCAACGACAAAUAGUAUCUCUAAUAUGGCUGUAUACAACUUCAUUCUACCAGGACGGAUAAUAGCAGUAAAUGGACUUAGAAGUCUCUUGAAUUCAAGAGUUCUAUUAAGAUAUCGGUCCAAUGAUACUACAGAUCAUCAGAAAGAAAAACAAAAUGAGUCAUCGAAUAAGGAAACUGAAGAAGAAUAUGAGAAAACAACGAAGAAAAAGAUCCUUACAGCAUCUAUGAACUUUGUACCAGAAUUAGGAUGGAGUAGACAAGCUAUUAGUGCUGGUGCUGAAUCUAUUGGUUAUCCUGGCAUAAUUCAUGGAAUGUUUCCAAAUGGUGGCGCUGAAUUAGUUGCACAUUUCUAUUCUACCUGCAAUAGCGAAUUGAAUAAUAUUCUGAAAGAAAAAUAUAGAACGACUCAAGCAGAUCCUGUUAAGAAAAUAGAAGAUAGAUCAGAACAAGUCUGCUAUGCAGUAGAAACCAGGCUUAGGAUGAUAAUUCCUUAUAAAAAAAAUUGGCCACAAGCAAUAGCGCUUAUGACACUUCCACCAAAUGUUCCAACAGCAUUAGCAAAUUUAGUUACAUUGGUUGAUGAUAUUUGUUAUUAUGCUGGUGAUAGAUCCGUUGAUAUCAAUUGGUAUACUAAAAGAGUAGUAUUAGCAGGUAUUUAUAAGACAACAGAAUUAUACAUGCUUCAAGAUAACAGCGAAGAUCAUAAACAAACGUGGAGUUUUCUGAAAAGACGAAUAGAAGAUGCUAGUCAAUUACAUAGUAUUAUAUCCGCAACAUCAGAUUUACAGCAACCAGAGCAAACUUUGAAACAAGCAAAAGAAAUAGCUAAUGCUACUAUAAUUACUGCACGCAAUAUACUUGGAUUGAAUUGGCACAGAUAAAAUUUAGAAAUAAAUUAAAAAUGAUAUGUAGUAUUUGUAGAUAAAUGUAAUUACAAUAUUUAUUAAAAGUUACCGGAAGCUUGUAAGGUAUAAAUGACUUACUUUACACCGACAUAAAAUCUCAUUAUUAUAUCAUCACUGCUUUUAAGUUGUACACAAUUUUUGUACAGUAUUAUAAAUAUAUUUUAUGAGAGACUGUAUAAUAGGUUGUAAAAUUUGCACUGUGAUCAUCAUUUGAAGAUUUUAUCUGUAGUAUUUAAAUUAAUAUCUGAUCGUUACGUUAAUCUAUAUGUAUAUUAAUAUUUACAAAACAAAUAAAUAAAUUUAAACACGGUUAUGUAAUAAUUACAUAAAACAAAAA